AUGUCACACCACGCACAGACAUACCACGACAAAUAUGUUAUCGUUUACAACUAUAAGGAUGUCGACAUAGACGUCGCGAGCAAGGAAAUCACGGUCCUCACGCAGGAUCUCGAAUCUGUUGGUCUUCAGACCGAGAUCAGGCCCGGUCGUGACCAGACUCUGCUGGUUUUCGUCAAAGCCCCACGUAGCAUUCUGGGACGCUACGUCUAUGACUCGCGGCUGAAGGACUGGCUGUACGGCGUCAUCCAGACGCACCCCGGCGGGGCCAAGGAUGCUGUCGUCGACGGAGCAUUCGAAGCCGAGGAUAUCCUCUCAGUCUACCACCUGGUCAAUUGGCCCAAGUCGAGCGGCGGCGCAGGCAUCACUCCCGGAUGGGGCCAGUGGGAAAACGUUGACAGCAUCUUCCCGCUGCACAACGAGCCAGCCAACCUGGCUCUGUUGAGAAAACUGAGCGGCCGCUUCUUCCUGACCUAUGAUGACCUGGACGACAUCCGGAACCUCUUCGGAACCAAGGUCGCCUUUUACUUCGCAUUCAUCCAGACCUAUCUCGUCUUCCUCACGUUCCCCGCCGUUACGGGGCUCCUCGCAUGGAAGUUCCUGCCUCCUUACUCGCCCACGUACGCCAUCCUCACCACUGUCUGGUGUACCAUCUUCUUGGAGUAUUGGAAGAUUCAGCAGGUCGACCUCAGCAUCCGAUGGGACGUCAAGGGCGUUGGCGUCGUCAAAGUCACCCGGCCCCAAUUCCGGUGGGAGAAGGUCGUUGUGGACAGCACCGGCAGGAAGAAGCAUUACUUUCCAAAAUGGAAGCUUGUCUUGCGCCAGCUGCUGCAGAUUCCCUUCAUGGCCGUCGCCACCCUCGCCCUUGGUGUCAUCAUACUUGCUGUGUUUGCUCUCGAGACAUUGAUUUCGGAUGGCUACAACGGCCCGUACAAGGACAUGAUGGAGUACGUGCCUACCAUCUUGCUCGGCAUCGCCCUGCCCCAGCUCAACAAUCGCCUCGAGGCCAUCGCCACCUUCCUCACCGACUUUGAGAACCACCGUACGGCAGACAACUACGACAUGUCUCGCACACAAAAGCUCUUCUUCCUCCAGAUCAUCACAAACUACCUGCCCAUUUUCAUCACCGCGUUCCUCUACGUUCCCUUUGGCGAGCAAAUCGUCCCCCGACUCGCGUCCUUGGCCAGGAAUCUCGGCGGCUCCCGUGUGUCGAGGUAUCUUGGGCAGGCAACUACGCAGCAGAUCGAUAGCGACAGGCUACGCACCGAAAUUAUCACUCUCGCCUUGACUGGCCAGCUCUCGUCGUUUUUUGAGGAGAACUUGCUGCCCGUUCUCAAGCGCAGGCUCUUGGAGUGGUAUCGGGCUAGCAGGACCGGGCACUCGGCAUUCUCUUCGAUCACCAACGACAACCCGACCGAGAUGGGGAUCCUCGAAAGCGCCCGACGACAAGCGAAGCUCGAACCGUACAAUGUGCAAGACGACAUAGCCGAGAUCGUCCUCCAGUUCGGGUUCCUGGCUCUCUUUUCGCCCGUUUGGCCGCUCAUCUCCAUCGGCUUUGUUGUCAACAAUGUCAUUGAGCUGCGUACCGACUUCAUCAAGAUGACUCGCCAACACCAGCGCCCAGCCCCUGUUCGAACGGAUGGCAUUGGUCCCUGGAUUGUCUCGCUCGACAUCAUUGCAUGGGCCGGGAGCAUCUCGACGGGUGCCAUCGUCCAUCUCUACAGCCCCAACCCCAUCGCCGGCGGGGCGUGGUGGGCUCUCCCCAUCACCAUCCUCAUCAGCGAGCACAUCUUCCUGAUGCUCCGCGCCUUGACACAUUUUAUCCUCGACCGCAUCGGCUCAGAACACAUCCGCAAGCAGAGGAACCAGCGGUACCUCUCGCGCGUCAAGCACUUGGAGGAGAUGGAGGCCAACCGCCGCGCAACCUUCUUGGAGACGCCGGCUGAGAGAGAGCGAAACAAAUCCAUCCGGGCGACGAGCAGCGAUGCCUUCUUCGCCACCCAAGUCGAAGAGGGCGCCAGUGCUCAAGCCGGCAUCAGCUUCAUGCACGCCUUCAGAAAGGCCAAGGACUCGGAAUCGAUGAGCCAGCAAUCCAAACAGGAUUGA